UGGCAAUAUUAGUUGAUGCCUGCUUAAUCUAGUUAGUUUUAAUAUCAAUUUCAAUAGCCCAAAAACAAAAAAAAAAAACAAACAAAAGGCAAACAAAAUUCAAUGAAAAUGAAUGUCUAUGAAAAAGGUUUGCUUGAGGUUAUCGAUUAUUUGCUAGAGGAAAGGGAUGGCUGCCUAGAAGAUGAUUUAGUGGGUCUUGCUGUUCAAAAUGUCCUUAAGCAAUUUAUCUAUGAAGUGGGUGUAAACGGUUCUGAAGCAUCCGAUCAUGCUAGUCGUGGUAGCAUGUGUUUCUUCGAUGUAGAAUUUGCUUUGACUCAUAUGGAUAUUGAAUUUGAUGAUCUUAUGGAGUUAUGGGAAGAGGAAAAAACUCGUAAAGAGCCGGCUAUACGAAUAUCUUCACCGAAAACAUUCGACCAAGAUUGUCAUGUGGGGCCAGUGCCAAUGAUGGGAACGGUAAUGGAAAAAGAUGAUCGCCAUAUACCCGAUUAUAUGCCAGAAUUUCCAUGUAUUCAUACAUAUCAGCAAACUUGGAUUUAUGAUGAACUCGAACGGGAUGAUGAGGAUGUUCGACAUCGUCUGGCCGAGAAUAGUUUGUAUAUACAAAAGGCAAUGAAUAAUUAUCUAGUUAAUUCGCGGCCUACAACGUCUCUAUUUUUGACACCUCAGAGUACUAAACAGUAUGAUCUGGUGCUUGUUGAGCCAUCUGACAAACAAAGACCAGCAUUUUUUAAUGCUCUUCUACCACCUCGAGAUUCAUGUAAUUUACAUUCUAUAGUAGAAGACGAUGAUUAUGAUGAUGAAGAUGAAUCAUCAUCAUCAUCAGAUGAUGAUGAUGAUACUGACGAAGGCAGGUUUAAAGACAAGCCAGUGAGUCUGAUUCAACGGAUAAUGAUUAUGAUGAAGAUGACAAUGUCGAAGUGCGGAGUGAUGUAG